AUGUCUCUAUUCACUUUCACCUCCGCUCUUCUCACGGCCGCCGUGGCCAUCACCUCUGUCCAAGCAUCCCCAUUCUCCGGGCUCGACACUCGCUCCUUCAAUGGCCUACUAGCCCGUGAUCUAUCCGGCAAGAUAUGCAAGCCUUUUGUCUACGGAGCCAAGCGCACUCCAGUGGGUGGUGACGUCUGCGUAUCAUUUGCCGGCGACUCCCUAACCGUCACCUACCCUGACCUUUCCUCAGUCGGGGGAAGCUAUGGAGAUCUCCACGUCAUCAUUCGGCCAACCAGGUUCGACAUCACAGCCCCCGGGCAGUGGCCAUACAAGCUCGACAAUGGCUACUGCACAAAAUCUGGCACCUGCACCAUCCCCAUCCUUGACACUUGGCGGGCGUGUGGCUUGGAUCUGUACAUUGGUAUUCAUGCCGCCUUCAUCCCCAAGACAGGAUCAGCCAGCGAGACUGGCUACGCAAACGGAGACUGCAUUGAUCCCAAAAACAGCGGCAACUGCGCAAAGUACUUUGUCUUCAAGACCGAGUGCCAGUGUGUGGAGGUCACGAAAUACGAGGAAGUCAAAACUUCGGCUGUUUACGUCAAGACAAUUUAUGAGACAAGCACAGUGUACUGCAGCACUACCCCUCCUGACGCAACUGCUACAGCUACUUGUAAUGAUGCCAAGGUCGGAGCAACAAAGGUUAAGACUGCGACGACGGAAGUUAAGGACUUCGCCUGCUCUACCCCAGCUUGGUGA